GACAGCAACAGUUUCAAUUCAGUUUGAGGCAAGGACCCAACUACUAGCACUAGCACAGAGGCAUAACCAUAAACUAAAGACAACCAUGACCAAGGCAAUUCCAUUUUCAUCGCUGGCUUUUGUGCUCCUCGGUCUUUGCACGGUAUUGGCUUUUAUCGCAAAUGCCAGUGCCAGCUCGAAUGCAGUUUUAUCCAAUGAGAAUGUGGUUCUAUGCAGCGCCAGGCUUAAUGAAAUGAUGUCCAUGGUAUGCCGGGAAUUCAAUUCUAUCAUUCCGGGCAAGCGUAGCUCAUCCAACAUUGAUAUCGACCCAUUGGAUCCAUUGCAAUUUAUUGAGGAAAAAGAAUCAUCUGGUUCAUCAUUGUCUGCAUCCUCAUCGGAAUUCCUGCCCUAUCCAUUAAACACUGGACGAUACUAUCAGGAAGGUUUCAAUUCAUUGGCAGCUCUCCGUCGUCGCCAACGGCGUGAGGGCAUUGUGGAUAGAUGUUGCAAGCAAUCCUGCCCUGUCAGCUAUCUCAAUGAAUACUGCUCCAUAUCCAUGUAGAGAGGAAUAUAAAAUGAAUCACAGACAGACAGAAUGAGAAAGAGAGUGAGAGAAAGAGAGAGAGAGAGAGAGAGUGUGUGAUAGUCAGCUAAUGGAUCCCACCGAUGAGCACCGAACUGGAACUACCCUGUACAAUGAAUUUUCCUCUAUAUAGAUUUGCAUUGAUUUUUUUGUCUAUUAUAAUGAAACACUUAAGUGUCUUUAAUGAUUAAUCUUAUUGUAUUGUAUAUUAACCCCAUAAAAAAUGUAUUUAAUGAUAUUCAGCAAAAACUAGUAGAGCUUUUGGCAAAAGCAGAUUUUAAAUCCAUAUAUAUAUCUAUAUAUAUAUAUAUAUUUAUAGACAUGGGAACAACACUUGUUAUAUACA